UCAGUGUCGGUGCGAGGUUGCGCCGUCGCCACACAAGCGCCCCCACGCGGCCUACAUUUUAAAUUUGUCGUUCGACUAACUGAAUACGAUCUAGCACACAAAUUGUUCUUUAAGAAAAAGUACAUUGUGACUGAGUGUUCGUGUGUUUUUGAACCGUUAAAUGUUGAUCGCCGUUAUUUGUUGGAUGUUGUUUUAAGAGAAUACUAGUGAUAUGUGGCUUUGGAUUCGAGUGUCGCACGUGUAGACAUUGUGGUGAUGAGAGUGUAGCGGUGGUGUAGGCAAGAUGCAUACGAUGGAUACAAUGGGCACUAUGUACGGCCACAAGAAGUACAGGCCGCCGAUAUCACCCACUAGCUUCUAUCAUCACGACUACUACUCCCGCCAUGCAACAUUACGCCCUCAAUCUGUGUUACAGAGUGAGUAUCGGUUCGCUGGCGGGGGUUACCCUCGCGUGCCCGUCAGUGGUGCAGGACGAGGCUCGAGGGGUGGCGGGUUAUGCUCCGCGGCGCUUGUGGCGGGCGCGCUGCUCGCAGCCGUCGCUGUGCUUGCCGUCGCAGCACUCGCCUUCUACAUGGGUGCCCUCAGACCUGAUAACGGUGAACCAAUAAUGACGUUCGAGGGUAACUUCCGUGUGACGCGGGGUGACGUAUAUGGGGGCGUGCCCGGUAGCCCCGCGUGGAACGAGCGCGCGCGCCGCUACAGCGUCGGACUGCGGCAGGCGCUUGCCGCGCCCUCGCCUCUAAGACAGGCAUUCGUAGGCGCCAUGGUCACCGGCUUUGGCGAUCGAAAAUUAGAUGUGCACUUCAGAAUAUACUUGGAUAGAAGAAAAAUACCAAGUUCUGUAUCGAAUAUAGAAGAUUCUCUUAAGAAUAUAAUAGUUCAGGAUUUAUUAUCUAAGCAACCUUCAUUUGGACAAAUAAAAAUAGAUAUAAACAGCAUAGCAAUAAAAAGAGAUUUGAAGCAUACUUAUCAUUCAGAGUCGCAAGUAAUGGAAGCCUUAAAUGAAACUUUAGCAAGUUAUCAACCUAAACAAUUGUCGAACCAAAACGGAAGUGAUAAAACCCUCCAAAGCAGGAUAGGUGUUGUCCGGAAAACUACUGUAAAACCGAAUCAACCUUCAAAGAAAAGAGAUCCAGAUGAACCCGAUAUAGAUACUGAAAACAUUCCAGUUGUACAAGGUUCCUUCCAAAUAACAAAAACAGAAGCAGACAUAACAGAAAAUAAACAUAGCAACGUACCUGCAAAACGUGACGAAAAACUUAGUCAUAAACCAAUACCGGCGAAAACAACUACAACUAAAGCACCAACAACAAAAAUAACAACACAACUACCAAUCACUAAAGCAACCACCGCUGCAUCAUCCACAUCAAAACUGAAGCCAUUCACAAUAAUGUCUAAUCUAGGAAUAAAAACAAGAACUACUUCGACACAAAAACCAGAAACAAGUUUUAAAACUACUAAAAGACCUCCAACCAGAUCUACGACUCCAUCAACAACAACUUCAACAACGACUGUACAAACUACAACGGCUAAUGUUUCACAAAUAUUAUUUGACCUCCUUACCAAUGAUAAUCAUGAUAAAGAUUUACCGAAAAUUGAUACAUUAUUUACAGUGCCACAUGUUAUUGACAAUGAACCUUGGCGUCCAAUAACAAGACCAUAUUAUGAAACAACUUCAAGCAAACAAACAACUCAAGUUCUAGAAACAGCAAGUGAACCUACUGCAAAAGAUAGAAUCGGAGUUGCAGAAGUUGUUGAAGAUAUUUCGAUGCUGGAAAGCAUGUUAAAUCCGAAUCCACCUAUACAUUAUACAGAUAAAACCACUCGGAGACCAUCUGGUUUAUAUAACAUAGAUCCAAAUUUAGCUGCAGACAUAUAUGUCCCCAGUCCAGUCUAUACUAGUUUCACUCUGCCGACGUUUAAACCACCACUUAAAGAUUUGGAAACGCUCGGGUCAAUGUACCCAAAACCUUUUCCUUUACCAGUUGACAAAAUUGGUGACGCUAAACAAAAUAUGAAAGAAACUAAACUUGACGAUGCUGAUGACGGUAAACCUAUUAUACGGCCACCAAAGGAGAAAACGACAUCAACAAUGAUAAAUGUUUUACGACCGGGCUCGCAAGAUAAUAACACAGAAAGAGUCUCGAUUGAUGGAACGUCAAUAUUAAAGAAGCACAAUUUAACCAUCUCUAGCUCCACCUCUACAACUUCUUCUACAACAACUACUACUACUGAAGCAACCACUACAGUUACCUCUACUGUAACCGUUAAAUCUCAAACUACCACUACUAAAGCGAGGGUCACAACAGAAAAGCAUAUUACCAAAGAAAAUACUACUCGUCGCCCCAAUGAUAAAGUUUCAAUUAUUCCAACAACAGAUGUUCCAUAUCAUACUUGGGAGUUAGUGAAUACAUCGACAAAUGAUAAUGACACUAUUACAAAAAAUUCUCCGGAAAAAUUUUACAACGAUACUCUACAAGCAAUUAUAACAAGAAAUGACGCUACUUUUCCAAACACAACACCAAAGUUUCCAAGCAAAAUUUCAAUAUUGAGAAAUUUAACAGAUCUUAUUAAGAAAUAUGCCCAAAGCACAAAAAAACCGGAAACCUCAUUACCCACUUCAUCAACUCCAGUAGUUGAUAAGGUAGUUGAUGAUGAUGAUGAUAACGAUCCUAUUGAAAUAAGAGGAUCUGUUGAAGUAAUUCCUGAAGAAGAGAUUGAAAGUACCACAGCUAGAGUUAUUACUUUAAUGCCUGUAAAAUCAAAUUUAGGCGUAAACAGACCUCUAAGACCAAGACCGAAGAUAAAAAAUGAACAAAUCGUUAAAGAAAACUUACGUAGUUUUUUUAAUAACGCAGUUCAAGCUCAAACCCUUAUUGAAGAAUUAAAUACAGAAAAUUAUAUACCUGCUUUUAAUAAAACUACUGUUGAUGAUGACAGCUUGGAAAUGACUACAUCUGCCGAUAAUGAUGCAUACGAAACAGUAAAUCAUGAAGUGAUUGCUAGUAUGCCUGAUAACAUGAGUAUUGGGAUUAACAUCCCAAUAACCAAUAAUAGAUUUCCUAAAUCUAGCAGUGAUUUAGGUCCUUCGACAUUAAGCGAUGCAUAUUUUUCUCCGGACAAGUUUUCAAACGACAAAACUAUUCCCGAAGGAACAUACAGAGUGUCCUACCACGUAACUGGAAGUGUUAGCAGUAAGCAAGCGAACAAAACUCAAAAUCUUCCAGCGUAUGAGCUAGCUCUAGAACCUGAUGUCGUUUUAGAAAUUCCCAUAAAUCAAUCAAAUACGCUAACAUUUGAUAAAUUGAAGCAGUUAGCAAGUCUAGCCUCAAUUACAGACUCCAGUAACAGCAGUUUAUUUCGUCGUCCCGGAGGAGUAAUAUCAACUAAAGCUAUACCGUCAAGUUAUACGCUUAAUCAGGCUGGAUUCAAAAUAUUGACAAAAACUUACCAUAAAACACAGCCUUCGAAGCAAGAGGAUAAUAACUUUAAUGUACCAGAAAAGACUCACAGCAAGGCACAAUUCAAACCACAGAAGGAAAAAGAAGUAGUAAAUGAUGUCGAAGAAGAUUGCAGUAAUACAACGUCAUUCCGGUGUCCAAGUGGACUUUGCUUGCCGAAUACAUCCAGAUGUAAUCGCCUUAUGGAUUGUCCGGGUGGGGAGGACGAGCGAUCGUGUUCUUGUGCCGACUACCUGAGAGCGGAAUUCUCUCAAGCAAAGAUCUGUGAUGGAGUAGUGGACUGCUGGGAUUACUCCGAUGAAAAUAAAUGUGAAUGGUGUAACGAAAAUCAAUACGUUUGCUCCAAUGCGCGACAAUGUAUAGACAUGUCACGAGUUUGUGAUGGAACACCGGACUGUCCUCUAGGUGAUGAUGAAAAAACUUGCGUCGCUCUAUCUGAUGAAAUUGAAGAUAAUGAAGUUGUACCUUAUAAUGAAGAAGGGUUCGUAAUGGUUCGGAAACGCGGUGAAUGGGGUCGUUUGUGUGUGGAGAACUUUGCGGACGUUGUAGCUGAAGCUCAUAGUUCCCUGCAAUUACCUGAUCUUGGUAGAGCAAUAUGUCGUGCUAUGACGUUCAGCGAAUCAAGAUGGUCCCGCGAGGCGCGUGAGGGUCGCGGCAUAAGCACAGCCGGGUACUGGGAGGUGUGGCACAAUGCGGCGGCGCGCGCUGCCGACACCAGGCUGACGUUCCGACGCGCCCAGUGUCCGCGACGCCGAGCGCUGCGCGUGCGCUGCCAGGAUCUCGCGUGUGGAGUGCGGCCACAUGCUGACGUACAACAACCCAGGCGUGUAACUGACGAGCGCGUGCGGUGGGGCAGGGUGGUGGGCGGCGGCGGCGCGGCGGCGGGCGCCUGGCCUUGGCAGGCGGCGCUCUAUCGCGACGGGGACUUCCAGUGCGGCGCCACGCUAAUCGCUGACCAGUGGCUGCUCUCCGCCAGCCAUUGCUUCUAUCAAGCUACGGAAGCGCACUGGGUGGCGCGCCUGGGAGCACUAAGACGUGGGGCGUGGCCGCGAGGGCCGUGGGAGCGUGUGGCGCGCGUGCGGCAGCUGGUGCUGCACCCGCGUUACGCUGCACGCGGCUUCCGCAACGACAUCGCGCUGCUGCGCGUCGACCGGCUACAGCUGCACGCGCGCCUACGCCCCGCCUGCCUACCACCGUCGCGCGCUCCCCCGCCCGCCGGCACACACUGCAGCGUCGUCGGUUGGGGUCAGCUUUACGAACAUGAACGAGUCUUUCCGGACACGCUACAGGAGGUAGAGCUUCCGGUGAUAUCGACGGCGGAGUGCCGGCGGCGAACGAGGCUGCUGCCGCUCUACCGCGUCACCGAGGACAUGUUCUGCGCGGGCUACGAACGCGGCGGCCGCGACGCAUGCCUAGGGGACUCCGGAGGACCACUCAUGUGCCAGGAAGAUGGCAAAUGGUAUAUCUACGGUGUGACAAGCAACGGGUACGGAUGCGCGCGCGCGAAUCGUCCCGGCGUCUACACCAAAGUCUCUAAUUACAUCGAAUGGAUCGACAGCGUCAUAGAUAAAUACACGCCACGCGACAAGAACGAUACUUUCAACGAAGACAACGAAAACAAAUCAAACGAAGACUUCUAUGCAGAUUUGGAGACAGCAGAGAACAGAAGACGCGCGUACUACGAUACGUGUAAAGGUUUCAGAUGUCCACUGGGAGAGUGUCUGCCGACAUCCAGCGUAUGUAACGGCUUUCUAGAAUGUUCCGAUGGUAGCGAUGAAUCGAAUUGUCACUACGCUGCACUCAACAGUUCUAGCAUUGAUCCUGAUUGAUAACUAGAACGAUACUAAGUAAUAUAAGGACAAAGUUAAAAAAACGACUUUUUGUCACAUUUAGUGUAGUCGAUGUAAAUUAUUAUGUAUAAGCCAGUACUUAAAUCUAGAAUAUUUUCUUUUAUUUCGACUGAUUUGCAUUGUAAGCGUUAAGUUAUAUUUCAAGUAAAGCCACAUAACUUUGUAAUAGUAAAAGUAUAAAAACCACUAAAGCCAUACAGAAUGUGGGCAUUGUAUAUAUAGAUUGUAAAUUAAUGUAGCCCAGUCAAAUCUCUUUAUAUUUAACUGUUAAACACGUAUUUAAAAUCUAUUUAUUGCAAUUGUAUGGAUAACCUUUUCCGUUUGAGCUAUUUCUAUUCAAAUGGACGACG